AUGGACGAGAAAAGGAACAGAGGGGGCUUAGCCAUUGCUUUCAAAGACAAUAAUGGCAGCCUUGUCUCUACUUGGGCCAUCCCAACAAAAAUGAGAACAGAUGCUGCCAUACUAGAAGCAGAGGUAAUCAGGACAGCAACGAUAAAGGCUCUGGAGGAACGUUGGACAUCUCUCUUUAUUCACUCUGACUGUAAAGUCUUAGUGGAUAGAAUUAAUAACAAAGGGACUGGAAUUGUUGAGGCGACACCACAACAUCCCAUUAUCGACAAGUUUUGUAUAUGUGAUAUUGUUGGAUUCAACAAAUCCUGCCUUGCUGAUAUCCAUCCACUUUACUUUUCCAUGGAAGAAACGCCAAUAUUCCGUCCUUCAUCCUCAACCAAAGUUGUAGAGGAUAUGGAUGAAUUUCAAGAAUUGCUACAAACAAUUCCUAAAGUAAACUGGGAUGGCCGGUGGCUAUACUACUACAACAAUUUUUGGUGUCCAGAAAGAGUGCUUAAAUCCACAAUUUUCUUUCAAAGAAACUUCAAAGCUAAGGAUUCCGACAUUAUCUUAGCAUCCAUCCCUAAAUCAGGCACCACUUGGCUAAAAUCACUAAGCUUUACCAUCAUCAACCGCAAGAAGUGCACAAUACCAGAGAGCCCUCUCCUCAUCACCAAUCCUCAUGAUCUUGUAAGAUCCAUGGAGUAUGGUUUAUUUCUGAAUAGCGAAAAUCCUGAUCUUGAGGCCUUCUCAUGUCCAAGAAUUUUCUCAACACAUCUGCCCUACCAUGCCCUACCUCAAUCGAUUUUGAAUGCCAAAUGUCGCAUAAUUUAUAUAUGCAGAAACCCUUUGGAUCAGUUCAUUUCUCUCCGGCACUUUUUGCUUGAAAAUAGUGGUGAAGAUCAGCAAAAAGCACUUCCUAUUGAUGAAGCUUUUGAAUUAUUUUGCAAAGGUUUAUACCCUUUUGGUCCCGUUUGGGAUCAUGCUGAGGGGUACUGGAAUGCAAGCCUAAAUGAUGUUCAAAAGGUGGUGUUUCUCAAGUACGAGGAUCUCAAAAUAGAUGCAACUUCUCACGUGAAGAUGCUAGCAGAGUUCUUGCGAUUUCCUUUUUCUCCAGAGGAAGUUGAAAAUGGUGUAGUCGAAGAAAUAGUUAAGCUUUGUAGCUUAGAGAAUCUCAAGAAUAUGGAGGUGAACAAGAAUGGUGUUGUUGUUAAAUCUCCAACUGCUAAGUUUAAAGCUGGUUCCUAUUUCAGAAAGGGAGAAGUUGGAGAUUGGAAAAAUUUUCUCAAUAAUUCCAUGGCAGAACGUUACAAGAAGAUUAUGGAAGAAAAGUUGGGAAAAUCUGGUUUGGCAUUUGAACUGUUAUGA